AUGGAGUCGUUCAUCCAUCAUUUCCACCCGACAAUUCUUUCAGGAAUUAUUAUUCCCCGGAAUUAUCAGGCUUCUCUUGUUACUUCGUCUUUCGACUUGUUCAUUUUCUUUAGAGCCAAUAUAUCAUUUUCCAUUAUACGUCUUUUGAUUUCCGUUUUACCUUUGUUUCUUCUUGCCACUCGACGAAGUUUAAGUUGUUCUUUUAAUUUCAUAAUUUCUCCAUUCUUCUUUCAUUCUUUUCCUUCCCAUACCUUUUCCAUUCUUCCUUCUUUCCUCUCACACUUUAUCCAUUCUCUUACUUCCACCAUACUUUUUCCAUUCUUCCUUCAUUCCCCGCCUUCCAUACUUUCUCAUUUUUCUUUCCUUUCUCUAUUCUGCCUUCCUAUCCUUCCUCUUCCUUCCUUCUCUUCCUUCCAUUCCUUCCCUUCCUUCCUUCCUUGUCCAUUCUUCCUUCCUUCUCUUCCAUUCCCCCUUCCUUCCUCGUUCAUUCAUCCUUCCUUCCUUCUUCUUCCAUUCUUCCUUCCCUUCCCAUCUUUCCCUUCCUCGUCGGUUCUUCCUUUCCUCUUCCCUUCCUUCCUCCUCUAUUCUCCCUUUCUUCCCUUCUACGUCCAUUCUUCCUUCCUUCCCUUAUUUCCUUUCCCAUUUCUUUCCCUUCCUUCCUCGUCCAUUCAUCCUUCCUUCCUUCCUUCCUCUUCCAUUCUUCCUUCCUUCCUCGUCUAUUCUUCCUUCCCUCUUCCCUCCCUUCCUCCUCCAUUCUCCCUUCCUUCCCUUCUACGUCCAUUCUUCCUUCCCUUCCUUCCUCCUCCAUUCUCCCUUCCUUCCCUUCUACGUCCGUUCUUCCUUCCCUUCCUUCCUCCCCCAUUUCUUUCCCUUCCUUCCUCCUCCAUUCUUCCUUCCUUCCUUUCCUUCCUCCCCAUUUCCUUUCCUUCCUCCUCCAUUCUUCCUUUCCUUCCUCCCCAUUUCUUUCCCUUCCUUCCUCCUCCAUUCUUCCUUCCUUCCUCGUCUAUUCUUUCUUCCCUCUUCCCUUCCUUCCUCCUCCAUUCUUCCUUCCCUUCCUUCCUCCCCCAUUUCUUUCCCUUCCUUCCUCCUCCAUUCUUCCUUCCUUCCCUUCCUUCCUCCCCAUUUCUUUCCCUUCCUUCCUCCUCCAUUCUCCCUUCCACGUCCAUUCUUCCUUCCCUUCCUUCCUCCUCCAUUCUCCCUUCCUUCCUCCUCCAUUCUCCCUUCCUUCCCUUCUACGUCCAUUCUUCCUUCCUUCCCUUCCUUCCUCCCCCAUUUCUUUCCCUUCCUUCCUCCCCCAUUCUCCCUUCCUUCCAUUCCUCUCUUAAUUUCUCUAUUCUUCUUUCACUCCUUUGUUCUUUCUGCUUCUUUUUCCAUCUCACCAACAUUUUUCUUAAAUUAAUCACGGCUUUUCUUUACCUAAUUUUUCUUCCUCACUUCCCGUUCCACCGUCAGUCUUUCGUUCCACAACAAGAAACGUUCAAAAUAGAAUAUCGGCCACAAAGUUAA